AUGGCUCAAGAGCCUACCCCACCACCUACAUCCUUGGGUGAGCGACGUGGGCAUCGUCUGGCACCACUAACUACAAACUUUGCUCGGCCAACCGCAGCCGCUAAACCCCAGUCACGAUCACGCCCUCGUCCAUCCGAAUAUUCCACCAAUGGCUCAGAGGGGCCGGUUUCCCUUCAGAGUCCGGUGCGACGUCAAUCCUCUAAAUCUUCAUUACGCAACCUGUUCAGUCGUGACAAAUCUGCGCGUGCAGCUGCUGCACCAGAUACCAAGUUGACCGAAAUCGAGGAAGUCCAGCCACCCCCAAUACCAAUUGUGCCAGAACCAGAGGCUCUGUUAUCCCCGGAUCUCACCAGCCCCCGUACGGCUCCAACUACUCCGACGACGCUCACAUCUCCGACGACACCUCGGCCUCGAGCCACAUUGAAAACCCCUCGACCUCGACCUGCCGAGUCGAAUGUACCACCACCGCGGGAACAGUAUGGAUGGAAGCCUCCACCGUUAUUUCAGGCUUACCCGCAAUCGACCAAGCAUGAAUGUCUCUCGGCGCCGGCCAUGUCGGCAGAUUCGAUCUUACGCCUGCACGCGACAACUGCGAAGGCUGCGACGGAAGAUGCCCGGAACCAGAUGGGACAAGAUGAUGCAAAGAAAAAGGAACAAAAGGAACGGAAACAUCUUCGCACACUGUCUGGGACGAUCAACAAGGUUGAGUGGUCCAACAAGAUCUACGUGCUGGCCACGGCGGGGUUUAUUCUCCAGUAUGCUGGGGAAGGGAAACACGAUCGGCUACCGGAGAAGAUGUUACAAUUGGGUCCUAAGUCGGUGGCCUUUGCUAGUGAUGCGAUUCCCGGAAAGCAUUGGGUGGUCCAGGUCUCUCAGAACCCAGUGGCCGAUUCCACUCCUGAUGCGGAGUCCUUCAAGCCUAAGCUCUCAUCGCGUUUUGGAUUUCAUCGACCUCAUGCGCGGAGGUUAGCGCGCAGCUUUCUCUUGGUGUUUGAUAACCCGGACUCCAUGAUUUCCUGGCUAAUGGCAAUUCGUGCUGAGGUCGAAUCUCGCGGAGGUCCUAAGUUCACCAUGGAAAAGCAUUCAGAAGAUGAUGAGGGACCCCAGCUUCGGUCCAAGUCAAGUAUUCGGCAGAUGGUGAAAAAGGACCCCCAUCGUAUCUCGAGCUUGUUUCUUCAACCGCAGACCCUGCGAUCUCCCGAGGAGGAUGAUGAUCAGUCGGUCGGCGGGUUGACCUGGCAGUCACGCCGGAGUUCGUACGUGUCUGUCAAUCCAUCGGUGGUAAACUCGAGGACAGGGUCAGCCUCCACGGGUCGAACGGAGGCUACUGCUCCGAUCGUCAUUGGGUCUGAGGGCCCUUCGUUCACCUCCAGCCCACCUAUGAACCCGUCUCAUUCACCUCCAGUUGGAAGUGGCGCUGCGGUCUUGGAAGAGCUGAUGAAGCCGGAGGUUGAUCUAUAUACUCGCGGCCCAGCUUCUUCCAGCCAAGAAAAACGCCAAUCCCAAUAUGGGCCCUCUAAUAUGGGAGUCCCGGUGCCCACUCGUUCUGAGCUAGUUCAGUCCAAUUAUACUCAAUCCGGUGUCCCCGAAUCUCUGCUUCGAAGUGCCUCGCCGCCAGCGCCGAACUUCAGUGUGCCUUCAUUCAGUAGGAAGUUUGCUUCGAGAGGUACUGGUAUCUCCCAGGCUACUACUUCUCCGCCUGUCGGGGUUUUGCGCCGAGGUGAAAGUACAGGCGAUUUCAGUAUCUCCAGUAUCUCCUCACCUCCGCAGUCUCCGACUUAUAGUGUCGCUAGCUCGCGCCUGACGGACUCUUCGGAGCCCCCGCUAGUGGCCCGGGAUGGUACUCGACGCAUCUUGCGCGCUUCCAACUCAGAGGACGCUUUAUCAAGAACGAUUCGUCAAGCACCAGAUGGCAAUGCCUUCGCUCGUAUGACUCGAACAACAGCCUCCGAAACAAGUCCCCCUUCGUCUCGCCCUCUCAGCUUGGUUGGUCGCCCUGGGUUGGGUAUCCACAUGGUCAAUGAGUCGGAGGUGUUGAAUAUUCCUCCGAUCGAGCCAAUGCUACGAAACCGCGUGUCUAACGCUCAAAAUGAUUCUCAAAGCAUGUCCCGCCGAAAGAGCAUGCCUGGCCUCACUCUGGGCCCUCCUGCUGCACCUCCACCAAAUUGUCCCCUCCCCAAAAUCCCUUCUCCCAUCGCUGCGCAGGCGCUGCCCUCUUGGUCAACCAGUUCCCCCGUCGACCGGUUUUACCAAUCACAAAAGAUUCGCGAUCAGGAUAACCGGAAAAGUGGUGUUCCACCAACAGCACAGAGCGGCUCCAGAACAGCCGCUCGGCAGUCCAGAAUGCUCUAA